UUGUGCCUAGCUUGCGGUUAUUACAUCAUCAAUAUUGUUUGUGUUGCUGCAGUAUUGAGUGCCCAUCGGUAGUGGACGGUACAGCGCGGGAUUAAUUUUAAUUACCGAAUACAGCGCAGACUGGAACAAAAUGAAGAGCGACUUGAACUCCCAGUUCGGCCGAGAUUCAUAUGAAGAGUACUCUCACGCUGAGGUGGACAACGCCAAGCGGGGACUGCCGCUUACCGUGGCCAACUACAAGUUACGGCUGGGGAUUCUGAACAAACUCGAAUAUGAACACGUGGCAAAAGAGUUUCGCGACUGCUUCGUGCUUUGUCCCAAGUUGGUGCCCAUGCCGGAACAGGUCAUGGGUUUCAAGUAUCAGAUUUCAAAGCAACAGUUGGGACAUUGUACAGGACGCGUCAAGGAAGGAGUUGGAGUACGUGUCAGCAUUGCGUGCCACAAUGGGGAUACCAAGGAAUUAUCCGGAGUUGUGGACGGUGUGGAUGCAGCAAAUGUGAUAAUUUAUAUGGUAAAAGAGUUUGAGUACUACAAUGUGAUUAGGCUUGAUUUUUUUGCCCAAAGAAGCACAUUUCAAAUGGAGUACCAAGCGCUGGAGAUGUUGAAACAGAGCGUUAUCGAAAAGGUGUUCUUUGCUGAUUCGUAUACUGGGAAUGAAUCGUUAAAUUUUCCAGGUUCGAGUGGUUCUGUCCGAGCGUCGCAUCCAAUCCGGAGCAAGCCCAGGCGAUUCGGAACAUUGUCAAUCAAACCUCGUUCCCGGCGCCUUACGUGCUGUUUGGUCCACCCGGAACGGGGAAAACGUCCACGCUGGCGGAAGCCAUCGGUCAAAUCUACAAACUUCGACCCUCGGUGAAUGUUCUCGCAGUGGCCACGUCGAAUUCUGCCGCCAGCGAGCUAACCAGCCGACUGCUGAAAAUCAUCCCUGAACAAGAUGUUUUUCGACUUUUUGCUAGAUCAUGCGCGCGCAAACUUCAAGACAUUGAGCUAGAUGUUCUGGGCGUGUCAAACCUACGCAGCAAGGAAAAUGUUGGUUUAAAUGCACAACAUUACAGAGUGGUUCUAUGUACGGCCGCAACUGCCGGACGAAUCAUGACUUCGGAUAUACCAAAAAAUCACUUCAGUUACAUCUUCAUCGAUGAAUGUGGCAGCGCCAAGGAAAUUUCCAGCCUGGUUCCGAUAGUCGGCGUUGGCAUACACGAGGGUCGAAUCACAGCCAGCAUUGUUCUGGCUGGAGAUCCAAAGCAGCUUGGGCCGGUCGUUUCGUACGACUAUCUAACCGACACAACCCACAGCGUGUCCCUGCUGGAGCGCAUCGCGGACAAAGGAUUGUACGCGAAGAAUCCGCUGACCAGAAAAUACGAUCCGAACGUCAUCACCUUGCUUAGGAACAACUUCCGGUCACAUCCGGCACUGCUUGAGCUGCCGAAUCGAAUGUUCUACGCCGGACAGCUGCGAGCAAAAGCAUCUCCCAAAAAGACUCACUGGGCCGUGGGUUGGGAUCGUCUGCCGAAUCGCGCCUUUCCGUUGAUCUUUCAUCCCGUGGUGGGAGAGAUGAAGCAGGAUGAAAACUCCUCCAGCAUGUACAACGAGCAGGAAGCUGAACAAGUACUUUCGUACGUGGACACCAUUAUGAACGAUGGAAUUCGUGGCAAAAAACACGAGCAAACUGCAAUCGGGAUCAUCACUCCGUACGCGGGCCAGGUUCGAUAUCUGAAGGACCUUCUGAACAUGCGUCACUGGAGCGAUAUCGAAGUCGGAUCAACGGAGCAAUAUCAGGGACGCGAGAAGCGCAUCAUGCUGAUGUCAACCGUACGGACAGGCAGCAAGAGUGUAGGAUUUUUGGCAAACACCAAACGGCUGAACGUAUCCCUGACGAGGGCGCAAGCCCUGAUGAUUGUGGUGGGCGAUCUGGAGACGCUACGAAAUAAUAGACAUUGGGCAAAAUUUAUCGGAUACUGUAGACAGAACAACGCACUAUUGCAAUCUGUAAUGGAUUUUGCUGAAAAUACGCUCGCGGACUUUUCUAUAAAGAACCGAAUAAAUAACCAGGUAGAAACGGCGAAGACAAGAACAAGCGAUUGCAAAUAUUCGCAACCAAAUAAUUACACAAUUAAAAAUACAACAGAACCAUGUUCCGCUCAAACGAUAAACCAAACUGCAGUUAACAGCAUUGAAUCGUUCAAAGAACAAGCAAUAAGCUUUCUUUUGAUGUUGGCUGCGGUGAUAUUUCUUUUAUAUUUGUUUUUAAUUUUUUUACGAGAUAUAUGCAAUUUAUAGGGAGUUUUGUAAUUAGUAAUUUGUUGAUUUAUUGGGUACGAUAACUUGUUAGUUAACUUUUUUGAUCAGGUCAAGGAAGACACUUUAGGUAAUAAUAGUUAACCUUUUUAUAAGAUGUAAAAGUAUUUAAAAGGGUAUUUUUUACCCGAGCUAUGAACUUAAUAGAGAUUUAUACUCCUUUUUAUUUAUAAGAUUUGUAGAUUGUAUGGAAGAAAGGUUAAAUUUGAAAAAAAAACCUAAAAUUCAUAGACAUUCAA